AUGGCGGCGCGUCCGUCGCUAGCUGCCGGGCCAGGGGGAAGCCAGCAAAGCCGAGUAAAGCCGCCGCCCGGGAGAGGACUGAAGGAGCAGUUGCCGCCGUUGGCGGCGACUCAGGCAGUUUUCGCUGCUGCUACGGCUCCCAUUCUAUUAACCACUGCCAGUCUAUCCAUAUGGGGAUGGGGAAGCCUUGGCAUUGUCCUUUUUCUAAUAACCUUUGGACCCUUUGUAAUAUUUUAUUUGGCAUUUUAUAUCCUCUGCUUUGUGGGUGGGGGUUUAGUGGUUACUCUUCUAUUUGGAAAAACAAAUUCAGAGAAGUACCUAGAACAGUGUGAACAUUCAUUUCUUCCUCCAACAUCAACUGGGGUUCCUAAGUGCUUAGAAGAAAUGAAACGGGAAGCCAGAACUAUUAAGAUCGAUAGAAGAUUGACGGGUGCCAAUAUAAUUGAUGAACCUCUCCAGCAAGUUAUCCAGUUUUCCUUGAGGGAUUAUGUCCAGUAUUGGUAUUAUACAUUAAGUGAUGAUGAAUCUUUUCUUCUUGAAAUUAGACAGACUCUUCAAAAUGCACUCAUUCAGUUUGCUACUAGGUCAAAAGAAAUAGACUGGCAGCCUUAUUUUACUACACGCAUUGUAGAUGAUUUUGGCACACAUCUACGUGUAUUCAGAAAGGCUCAACAAAAAAUAACAGAGAAAGAUGAUCAAGUAAAAGGUACAGCAGAAGAUCUUAUAGAUACCUUCUUUGAAGUCGAAGUUGAAAUGGAGAAAGAAGUUUGCCGUGAUCUAGUGUGCACUUCUCCCAAAGAUGAAGAAGGAUUCCUACGGGAUUUGUGUGAAGUCUUACUGUAUUUAUUGCUACCUCCUGGAGAUUUCCAGAACAAGAUCAUGCGAUACUUUGUCAGGGAAAUCCUUGCACGAGGAAUUCUUCUUCCAUUAAUAAAUCAACUCAGUGAUCCUGAUUAUAUUAAUCAAUAUGUCAUAUGGAUGAUCCGUGAUUCUAAUUGCAACUAUGAGGCCUUUAUGAACAUUAUUAAAUUGAGUGAUAAUAUUGGAGAGCUAGAAGCAGUCAGAGAUAAGGCAGCAGAAGAAUUACAGUAUCUCAGAUCUCUAGAUACAGCUGGUGAUGAUAUCAACACUAUCAAAAAUCAAAUAAAUAGCUUACUAUUUGUAAAGAAAGUAUGUGACUCAAGAAUACAGCGGUUGCAGUCAGGCAAAGAAAUAAAUACUGUGAAACUGGCAGCAAACUUUGGGAAACUUUGCACAGUCCCCCUGGACAGCAUUCUUGUAGACAAUGUUGCACUACAGUUUUUUAUGGAUUACAUGCAGCAAACUGGAGGCCAAGCACAUCUUUUCUUCUGGAUGACAGUGGAAGGAUACCGGGUUACAGCCCAACAGCAGCUAGAGGUUUUAUUAAGUCGUCAGAGAGAUGGAAAACAUCAAACUAACCAAACCAAAGGUCUUUUAAGAGCAGCUGCUGUUGGAAUCUACGAGCAGUAUUUGUCAGAAAAGGCAUCUCCAAGAGUUACUGUUGAUGACUAUUUAGUAGCAAAAUUAGCAGAUACUUUGAAUCAUGAAGAUCCAACCCCUGAAAUCUUUGAUGAUAUUCAAAGAAAGGUAUAUGAAUUGAUGCUACGAGAUGAGAGAUUUUAUCCUUCCUUCAGGCAGAAUGCACUGUAUGUGCGCAUGUUAGCAGAGCUGGACAUGUUAAAAGAUCCUAGUUUUAGAGGAUCAGAUGAUGGGGAUGGAGAAUCUUUUAAUGGGUCUCCUACAGGAAGCAUAAAUUUGUCAUUAGAUGACCUUUCAAAUGUAUCUUCUGAUGACUCAGUACAACUUCAUGCCUAUAUUUCAGAUACUGGCGUUUGUAAUGAUCAUGGCAAGACAUAUGCAUUAUAUGCCAUCACUGUACACCGGCGCAAUCUAAACAGUGAGGAGAUGUGGAAGACCUAUCGUCGUUAUAGUGACUUUCAUGACUUCCACAUGAGAAUCACCGAACAGUUUGAAAAUCUAUCAAGUAUAUUGAAACUUCCUGGAAAAAAGACUUUUAAUAAUAUGGAUAGAGAUUUUUUAGAAAAAAGGAAAAAGGAUCUAAAUGCGUAUUUGCAGUUAUUAUUAACUCCUGAAAUGAUGAAAGCAUCCCCAGCUUUGGCUCACUGUGUAUAUGAUUUCCUUGAGAACAAAGCCUACAGUAAAGGGAAAGGGGAUUUUGCUCGCAAGAUGGACACUUUUGUAAAUCCACUUCGCAAUUCUAUGAGGAAUGUUUCAAAUGCAGUUAAAUCCCUUCCUGAUAGCUUGGCAGAGGGAAUGACUAAAAUGUCAGACAACAUGGGCAAAAUGUCAGAAAGAUUAGGUCAAGACAUAAAGCAAUCAUUUUUCAAGGUGCCUCCUUUAAUUCCGAAGACUGAUUCAGACCCUGAACAUUAUCGAGUUUCAGCUCAACUUGAUGAUAAUGUGGAUGACAAUAUUCCCCUUAGGGUAAUGCUGCUUCUCAUGGAUGAAGUAUUUGACUUAAAAGAGAGAAAUCAGUGGUUGCGAAGGAAUAUAAAAAACCUGCUUCAACAACUUAUUAGAGCUACAUACGGUGAUACUAUUAAUAGAAAAAUAGUUGAUCAUGUUGAUUGGAUGACUUCACCCGAACAAGUAGCUGACUCAGUGAAACGUUUCAGAGAUGCAUUUUGGCCAAAUGGCAUUUUAGCAGAGACUGUUCCAUGCAGAGAUAAAGCUAUUCGAAUGAGAACGAGAAUUGCAGGAAAAACUAAAUUACUUGCAAUUAUGCCAGAUGAACUGAAGCACAUUAUUGGGGCUGAGACAACACGGAAAGGUAUUCUUCGUGUUUUUGAAAUGUUUCAGCACAACCAGUUAAAUAGGAGAAUGGUUUAUGUCUUCUUGGAAGGCUUUUUAGAAACCUUAUUUCCACAGUAUAAAUUUCGUGACCUUUUCAACAAACUGCAUUCACGGUCAAAGCAGAUGCAGAAAUAUAAACAGAAACUUCAAACUACUCAAGCGCCUUCUUUACAGAAAAGGUGACACUCCAGUCUAUGAAGCUGGUGUUCAUUUUGUCCAGGACUAAUGGUAUGGACAGAUCUUCUGGGGCUUAACUCAUGUACUGUUGUGUCUGCACCAGUCUCUUAGUGUCUCAAAAUAGAUUAUUAAUACAUCCAUAAGUCUGUGGUUCUCAUCCUCAUCUGUAAUCCAGCCACUACCAGGAGAGAUUUCCAUGUAUUAAAUGAUUUGGUGCAUAUUUUGCAACAUUGAGAGGAUACUGCCCCCAUCUCAAGCAAGAAUGAUGUCGAUCUCUUCCGUUUCAAACUAGUCAGCAUUCUUCAGCAAUGACAAAGUGCCAGAGUGUGUAUAUGAGAGCUAAGGAAAGCACAAAACAAUGGUUCACAGAUAAACUGGCUAAUCUAACAGUUGGAGACUGUAAUGUAUGAUUUGGAGGAAUUUGUUUUGCGUAAUGAUUUUGUAGGUCUGCGUCGGCAUUUUCAUAUGGUGUGGGUUAGCCAGGUGAAUGAUCUUUGGAUCUCUUUCAGGUCUGGAAAAAGUGACAGAAUGCCCUUAAAGUAUGAAGUAACCUUAUACCCAAAUUACAAUUUUGUGACAUAAAAUAAAAGUGAGUUUAAAAUAAAAUCAAUCAAAAAACAGAAUUUGAUUGGAUUUGUUAUUCAUUGGUAUAAAACAAUUUUUAAUGGAUUCUUAUAUACUUUAAGGGCUCUAUUUUGCUCUUAUGGUACUUAAGUUUUCUUUUGGCAUUCUGUGUACAAAAGGAAGCAUGUGGUGGCUGUCUUUAAAUUUCAAAAUUAUUAGUUUUUAUCUUUAACAGAUUAUUGACUGUACAGAAGGGGGUAUAAUUUGUUGGAAGAACUGCCAAAUACAUUUUGUCCUUCUAAAAAUAUGGAAAUUAAAAGAAAAUAGUACUCUAUUGAAAGUUACCAUAUGAUAAUUUUAAAUUGUAUGAUCUAGACAUGCCUUAGGUAACUGCAGAAAUAGCAAAUCAAAGGAUUAAUGAGCUUAUUAGUCUUAUGUAAACAUACAAAUUCCUAAUUCUAUUACAGUGUACAUAUAUGAAAAUAAAUGAAAACAGAACUAUAAUAUUUUUUAAAAUAUGCUUUUAUUUAUAUUUCACAUAAUGUAAAAUUCUACUAAAUAAAGCUAGUAGGCAAAACCCCUCAAUGUGUACAUUUAAGUCCCUAAAACAAUUUUAUACCAACAAAACAAAAUACCUUCUCCAGUUUUGGAGCCUCUGUAUUUCCUAUAGUUUUCUCACUCUUUAUUUUGUCCAUCUUGGAAGUUUUCAUAUCCCUUGUAUGCAGGAUUUCUGCAUAGUUUUAAAUACUUCCAUUGACUAAGGGUUUGGAUGUAUCACUUUUUUGUUUUAAAAAUAUUUAACACUAAAACCUUAAAAUAGUGAAGCUACUUAUCAGACCACUGAGCCAAGAUUCUGGUAUUAAAAGAACGUCUGGGUGCUUAAGAUAAAGGGACAGAGUAUUGGUAUCCCAGUUAUUUGGGAGCUUUAAGAUUGGAACAAGAUAUUAUUGUCUUGUUUUCACUUAGAUCCUACUUACAAAGUGAGGCCUAUUAACAGAAUAAAGCCUUCCUUCAAAGCUUUAUAAUAAUAAUCAUAUUUAUUAAUAAUGCUGUUGUGCAUACUUACAGUUUGCACAUAUUCAGCAUGGGUUGCAUGUCUUCGGAAUAAAAUAAAUGAAAUCCCUUUCAUUGCAACUUGCAAGUGAGAAAAGACCAUAGUGGCUCUGGUGGAAGAAGCAUUUCUUCUUCUCAGUGUGUCUCCCUGCCCCAGCCCCUUCCUGAGCCCCAGGCUUUAAAAUUGAGAAUGUGUGAAACAUGUCUGUAGAAGGCAUCAGCAUGACCAUAAGUGCAAUGAUUUUCAUAUAUACCCCUGCCCAUUUCAAGUAUAUUUUUGACAUGAAUAAAUCUAAGAGUAUACAGAAGAUUUCAUGUAAGAGCCUAGUGUGUACAUCAACCAGGGAAAGAAAGGUCAGGUAAGAUUGUGAAUUUUCAAACAGAGCCCUGCAAGAUAACUUGCAAUCAUACCAAAAAUUAUUUGAGUAAAUGGGUUUUUAAAGUAAUUUUUGUUUAAAAGAGUUUAUAUUUCAAAAGCCGAAAUGUCAAAGGGUAGUCUAUGUAAACAGUAGUGCAUCUUCUGUAUGCACAUCUGCGUUUUACAUCAGAAAGCCGUGGUCAUGCUAAAAUUAGAGAUACUUUUUGAAUGACUUGGUCAAGCUGUGUGUAAAAUAUUUAAUCCCUAAGUCAAGUACAGUGUACUAUGUUUAAUAAAAGUUAUUACACUUAAUGCAUUUAUUGCAUAUAUGAAUAUAUACAUGAAGAGGCUUUAUGUCUUCUGGUAUUUGAUUUUGAAUGUGUUUUUAAGUCAGUGGUGCCUUUAGGCAAGAACUUUCACAAUUAAUCGUUCUUUGGGUUUUCUGAUUUUCAGGUAACAAACUAUUUAGAAACCAUCAUAGUUUAUAUUCACCUAAAAAAUUGAUUGUAUGAUUUAAGAAUAUCACUUAGAUGGGCAUUUCCUAUAAUUAGGGUGUUCUGAAUAGUUGCUGAAAACAAUUGUGCCAUUGACCAAUGGAUGCACUUGGUUAGCCUUAAUAUUUUUUUUAAAAAAAAGCAUUAAAAACUUCUUUGAAUAUUUCAGUUUGUUCAUUUUAAGUUUGUGCUGCUGGUGUUUGGAAAAAAUCAAAUGGUUAAGUGCUACCAGAAAGUGUACCAAUUUUUUAAAAAAAUUAAGAACAAUAUAAAUUUCACGAUCUAAAAUUUUAAUUUUGUGCAAUAUUUUCAUUUAAUGCAUGUGUAUUUGAGUAAUUGUAAAAUAAAUGAAUUUUUAAUGUUUUGAGAUGUAGUUUAAACUGUCUUCUUAACCCAACAACUUAACAUUCCGUUGUUGCUGCAUCCUUUUAUUUAAGGACUUGUUUUAAAAGUCUUUUUGUCACUCCUUGUAAAAUUCUUUUAAUAGUAGUAAAUUUUGCUUAUAGGAGCAUGGCUCCUGUAUUACAAGGGAAAAAUAUAAAGAGCACAUUUUAGGAUUAUAAUUGUUAAAAGAUAACUUGUGCAUAUCAUUGUACAGUUAAGUGUCAACUGUGUGCCUAACUGUUCUAUCAAUACUUUCCUUCUUUAACAAAGAAGAAAGAACAAUCAGAAUGUCAGUUAUUUUUAUUGAACUAAAAAGAUUAAAAAUUUUAUUUGGUUUGUGUUAUGUUCUGUCCAUUAGAAAAUACUAAUAAAGUAUUAACAAACA